AUGAUGUUUAAAAUUCAGUUAAACAACAAAAGUAAAUACGCCAAAAUUGAUGAAACAUCAGAUAAUGUGACAUACUCUGAAAUAGUCGAGUUAGGUAAGUAAAUAUCUAAGAUUAUGUUUAGUAGUUUAGUGCUUUGUAAAUUUUAAUGGCGGAUUUAUAGAAAUGCGAGACUCGAUAUCCUACCUACAUACCUACAAUAUAAUUAUUUCUUUCCUGGAUUUUAAUAGUAUUUUUAAGUAAGUAUAUUUUAUAUGCUCUAAAACACUUAAGCCCCAAUUAUACAUUGAAAACGGUGCGGUUCGACGUUGCGGUUGACGUUGAACGAUAACGACGGUAAUUUGUUGCUAGUUAUAGAUAUAAAACGUUUUAGUUAACAUUUCGGGUUGUCCAUCAUGGGUUAGAAUCAAAUCAAACAAAACAUCAAAUAGAAACACCUACAAAGUACUAAAUUUUAAUAUAAAUCACCUUUUUUCUGCAUUUUCUAAAGAAAAUUUCGAAAUUUCAUACCUACUUUCCAAAAAGAAACUGAAACAAUUUUGAGGUUAUGUUAUGAUCGCAUUCUUUUUAAAUAGAGGCGCUAAAAAAUAAGGCAUUUCUAUUGGCUAUUACUAACGUUUCAAGGUCAACGUUCCUGUCGAAGUUAAAAGUUGGUUAACUUUUGAACGUAAAACGUCAACCGCAACAAAAACCUAUAAAAUAUUACUGUCAGUGAUAUUAAUAUGUGACAUCAUACAGGGUGUUCCAUUUAAAACGAAACAGGUUGAAUAUCUCACUCUGUUUCAAUUUUACGGAAAAUCGCUCGAACACGUCACCUGAUUUACCAAGGGGGACAUUUUUUGUAACAAUUUUUAACACUUUAAGUUCAGCCCCCUAGAAAGGGGGGGGCCGAGCCCCUAAAAUUUCAAGUGGAAUAUGGGGUCGAGUAAUACCUCAUUUGAAAGGUCUUUUCAUUCUCUUUUCAUCCCCAAAGUUUGAAGUCUCUGUCACUUUCCAAAACAAAAUGGUAUUAUAUCAAAAUUUCGGAAUUUCUGAAAAAUUUUACUUUUUUAGACUUUUGAGACUUUUCGAAUAUAUUUCCAUGAAAAUGAGUGUGAAGUUAGUUCGAAAAGUCUCCAAAGUGUUGAAAAGUAAUAAUACAUUUUAUUCUUAUAAUUAAAAAUUUUUCAGAAAUUCCGAAAUUUUGACAGAGUACCAUUUUGUUUUGGAAAGUGACAGAGACUUCAAACUUUGGGACUGAAAAGAGAAUGAUUCCGAAUAUACCAUAUGUCGAUCUACUCUGCCAUGAAUUCAGUGCAAAUUCACUUAAUUCACAUAACAUAAAGUUGCUUAGCAACUUAAUGUUGAAAUUGCAUUGAAUUCAUGGCACUUACGCGGACUCAUGGCAGAGUAAAUCAAGUUAACGUAAAUUCAAUGCAACCUUAAACUUAAAUAACUUGAAAAUUGUUGAACCAGAAGAAAAGAAUCGUCCUAACCUGAAAAUAUACAGGGGGUUCCAUUUAAAAAAUAUAACUUUUAUCCAUGGGCGACUUCUGCAACACCCUGUAUAUAUAAAAAUAUGUCUUGCAAAUAGCUUAAUCUUUUUUGUGAAACUUUUGUAUUUGACAUUUUUUCCCCAAACGUCAAAUAAAAUACUUACAGGGGGACAUUAUAAAUGAUCAUCCUGUACAUAUAGGCUACUUCAUCCUAUAAUAAAACAGAGAUUUGAUAGUUGUCAUGGCAAAUUAAUUUAAAUUUAAAUGAAACAUCGUGUGUGAAAAGUGUCAAAUCGCUAUUUUAUAGAAUAAGCUAUACGUUCGGCUUUGCAAAUCUAACCAAUCUGAAUACAUAAAAAACAACUAGGUAUUGGAAGCUGUCUACAAGAAAGAGAGACAAAAAAUCUGAAAUUUAUCUCGAAUCUGUCAAAAUGUUGUUGUAAAUGUCAUCUUUUCAAUCUGUCCCCAAAACUGAAGCACAAAGAUGACAUUUUUAACAACACUUUGACAUAUCCGAGAUUAAUUUCAUUUAUCCAGAUUUGCAAUUUGCUAUUUGUUUCGUGCAGCUGUCAGUUUUUAGGUUAGUUUUCCUCCAAUGUAAUGUCAAGAUCACGUGCUGCAUUGAAUACAUUUUAAAUAAUAAUAAAAAAACAUAUAAAUAAUAAAUUUCGUGCAGCACGCGAUCUUGACGUGACAGGCCUUGAAGGAAAAAUACUGACAGCUCGACGAAACCCAUAUACCUACUUGUAUCUUGUAUACAUGUUAUUAUGUACAUUGAAAUGUAAAACUUAAAUCUAAGAAAGCUCUUUUUUACAGCUAAAAAGAAAUUUAAUAUUGGCGAUGAAGAAAACAUUUUCUUUACCGAUCCUGAUGGAACAGUCAUAGAAGAAGACUGUAUUCUUGACUAUUUAAAAAUGCCUAACUGUGUUUUGAAAAUCGGAGGGAUAUUAAUUAAUGAUUUUUCAUCUUCUGAUUCAACCCUAUCAAUAAACAAAGACACACCAUCUAAUGAUGAAGUUGAGAAAUGGCUGUCUAAGACUGAUACUAUAGACUGUAACGAUAGUAACCUUAUUUCUAUGAUAUCUGACGAUAUUACUGAUAAGGGUACAAUUAAUUCAGACUCAAGUGGUCUUAAUCGAGUUGUAUCCGCUGAGAAUUCUGAGAAUGUUUUUAUUCUUAACAUUGACUCAGAUGGAUUUCUUGUUCCUUCAAAUCCAAAUACGAUGGUAAAAAACAAUGAAACUGAUGGACUUAGCACUUCAACUGCAAAAUAUGUCAACUCAAAGAUGUUGAAGGAAUUUCUUUUAUGCAACGGAGGGCAAAAUAUCAUAGAGGAAUAUGAAAAAAAUCAAGUUUUAAAUAAUCGAACUAGGAGGGAACUAGUUAACUUAACAGUCCGAAUGAUGACCAACACAUAUGGCAUAAGUAUGAGCAAAGAGAUAAAGGUUGAAUUUGCUAAAGCAAUAGUCGAGUUGUUUCCAAAACUGCGAGACACUCUCAGCAAUAAAGGAGGAUACGAGAUAUUUUAUAAUGACAGCUUAAGAACCCCAAGUGGCUACCUGGCAUGGAGGCUCCGAACCGUUGCAAGAUCCAAUAUGGUGCCAAGCUCCAAACGAAAGUUAUCACCACAAGUUACAUCUGAUAGUGAUGACUCAUCAGAUGAACCAACCUUAAAAAAAGCCAGAACAUUGACAGAACAAGAAGUAGCAGACAUAGAAUUUUUAAAAAAUGCUUGCUGCAAGACGCAGAAAAAGGAAAUCAUGGAAAAAAUGAAAAACCUUUUUAACUGUAGAAAAACGAAUGACUUUUCAUUUGUCGAUUAUCCCAGAUUUUUAGACACGCCAGGACUUAUUGAACAAGAUUUCAGCUUGCUAUAUCCUGCUAAUGCCAAUAACUUUGUGGCGAAGUUUGAAAAGAAGGCUGCAAAUAUCAUAGAAAUAUACGAGGCGACAAUUUCCAAUAAAUUGGCAGAUCUUGAAGCUUGGGACAAAAAUACGAGAGCACUACUUUCUAUUAUUCAUAUGUUGCCAUCCACUGCAAAAGGCAAGAAAAAUAGGAACUCCUCGCGAGAUACUGUGAAUUCACUUAUUGAUAAGCUCUUGAUUUUUUGUUCGGUGGGUGAUCCUUUGGAUAAAAUUUUAGAGGUGAGGAAGAGUUUCCAGCCUUUUCUUGUGGCCAUUGGAUCAAAAAGGGCAGCCAUUCACGACUUUAAAAUUGUUUUUGACAAUAGAUUUUUAGACACAGGUAAAAAUAACAUUUUAGACGCAUUUGAUUUGCUAUUUAAAGUACACUUUGUUUUCAAAGUAAAAUUUGACACUGGUCUAGAAACCUUUUUUACGUUUAUACAAGACUUUUUUUAUGAAAUAGAUAGAGAAAAAAUUCACUACACAACAAAAAUGCGAGAGUUAAGAAAUCGAAUAGUACAUUUUGAAGAAAACAAUAGUUAAGGUUAUUAGAUAUUACUCCC